GCCCAGAGUACGAGCUACUUCCUAUGUUAGGGGUUGGAGCUGAUUUGGAUCAAAACGGCAUAAUUGUCUGUCAAAUAAACGUUGAGGUUCACUUUGGCAAACAUAACUUCAAAAGCCGAUUCGCUGCAAUAGUGAAAGGAAUUUUGGUUGAUCAACGUUACGUAAUAAUCAGAACUUUAUCCGUACAUCAUCAGAGAAUUUUCCUUUUAAAUGUUGAAAUUAGGAAAUGUAUUGAAAAAUAUGUGGCGCAAUUUUUUAUGUGAUA